AUAUCCGCAUGCAUCGAUGAAGGAGACUGUAUAAGAUAUAGACUCUCCUCGACCAUUCCGAUCGAUUUCGUCAACCUAAUCUCUAUCCCCCAAAUCGAUAGAGCCCAUCCGUAUCAGACAGACGAAAAUGAAAUUCCUCCUCCUCACCACCGCCUACCUGCUCAGCAGCACCACGCUGGCGGCCCCCGGAUCCAGGCUUGCAGAGCGCAUCUACCAACGGUCCCUCUUGCGGCAAACACACGCACUAGAUCCUAGUCGAAACGAUACGCAAGAAGACGACAACGGCGACGGGGGACAGUUCCGCAAGGCGGGUGCCAAUGUCGCCUACAGCAAUAACUGGGCGGGCGCCGUGCGCGAGAAACCCCCACCCGAAGGCCCCUACACGGCUGUCACAGCGACGUUUGCCAUCCCCGCGCCGACGGCCGUCAGUGGGCAAGAGACCGAGGCUGGCUCCGCGUGGGUGGGCAUCGACGGCGAUACGUACAGCGCGGCGAUCUUGCAGACGGGGGUGGACUUUUACGACGAGGGCGGCAAGACGCGCAAUAAUCCCUGGUUCGAGUGGUAUCCGGAUAGCGCGGUGGACUUUGACGAGUUGACGGUUAACACGGGCGACGUGGUCGUUGCCAUCGUGGAGUCGUUCUCGCCGAGUCGUGGCAGGGCUAUUAUUGAGAAUCGGUCGACGGGACAAAAGGCCAGUCGGGUGGUGAGUGCGCCCAACGCGCAGGCGACGCUGAAGGGCGAGAACGCCGACUGGGUUGUUGAGGACUUUCAGGCGGGCGAGUCGAUGGUUGCGUUGGCCGACUUCAGCGAGGUUGUCUUCUGGGGCGUCGAGGCCAGGGCGGGGGGAAAGCGGUUCAAUGCAGAUGGGGCGACGGUGAUUGAGUUGCAGCAGGGGGAUAAGAUCUUGACGGAGGUGACGGCGCAGGGGGACCGGGUGUCGGUGAAGUAUAAGUCGUUCUGA